CGAGCCGCUCGCGUGCGGUCGCAGGUAUAAAUAGGAGCCGCUGGGAGUGCGGCUGGACUUGUAACGUUGAUAGACACUGUGUAAUAAGCGAGAGGCCACUUGCGUCACUCUGCUGCUGAACGUCCGGGACGCUCCCCCGCCCAUUCAUAAAGGUGUACAGCUGUGUGCGUUGCUCUGUUUUGGAUUUUCUUCUUCGAGGCUGGGAUUUUGUAUACAGAGGGACAUCGGCGACACGCACAGCAUUUACCGUUUCAGUCGAGGUACACUGACUGCCUUCCGUCAUCCAAGAACCGGAUUCACAAUCUUUAGUUAAGCCUUGUAGCACGAUGCCUGCAGAUAUGAUGGAGAAAACGUCCUCCUCUCCGGUAGCUGCCACCCCGGCAAGCAUGAACACGACACCUGACAAACCCAAGACCGCCUCCGAGCACAGAAAGUCAUCUAAACCAAUUAUGGAAAAAAGAAGGCGCGCAAGAAUCAACGAAAGUCUUGGCCAGUUGAAAACUCUCAUUUUGGAUGCGCUAAAGAAAGAUAGCUCUCGACAUUCAAAGCUUGAGAAGGCGGACAUCCUGGAAAUGACAGUGAAACAUCUGCGAAACCUGCAGAGAGUGCAGAUGACCGCCUUAAACACAGAUCCCACCGUACUGGGGAAGUACAGAGCUGGAUUCAGCGAGUGUAUGAAUGAAGUGACACGUUUCCUGUCCACCUGCGAAGGGGUCAACACCGAAGUCAGGACGCGGCUCCUCGGACAUCUAGCCAGCUGCAUGACUCAGAUCAACGCCAUCAAUUACCCUACGCAGCAGCAGAUCCCCGCCGGCCCCCCGCACCCAGCCUUUGGUCAGCCCAUGGUGCAGAUUCCCAGUGCGUCGUGUAAAGGGAGCUCCAGCUUGACACCAGAAGCCACCAAAGUGUACGGUGGUUUCCAGCUCGUACCGGCGACGGACGGACAGUUUGCCUUCUUGAUCCCUAACGCAGCAUUUACGCCAAACGGACCCGUUAUUCCAGUGUACGCUAACAGCGCCAGCACGCCGGUUCCGGCUGCGGUCUCCCCCGGCGCACCUUCAGUGACCGCGGACUCGGUGUGGAGACCGUGGUAGACUCAAGCCAACUUUAAAGAGACUCAGAAGCGAUACUUGCAUCUUUUUAAAUGUUUUGAGACUUUUAGUUUAUAUCAGUGUGUUCAAGCUAAGAUUAUGCACUAUAUUUGUAAAUAACGUUUGAGGGGAAAUUCAUAUUGAAAAAAGGAAAUCCGUAUUGUACAGUCAGUGAACUGCAUUUUUAUAUUCCAACUGUCUUUUCUACUAUGCGAUGCCAAAGAUUUUAAAUGCCCUAAUUUCUUCCUUUGGAAGACUAAUAAAUUCGUAAUGAAA